UUAUUUUUGAAUUAUAUUUUAUGGAAUGAAGUAGAAAAGCAACACAUGGGAGCAUAGUUAUUUAUAAGUAAUGACAGUUUAUUCAUCUUUAUAUGCAUAUUUGUGCUUUGUGAUUGACCCAAGAAGUCUUUGGUGGAAGCCAAGAAAUAAAUACCUGUGUUUGUAUAGACCUAAACUCUCCUGGAAGAUAAAUCAUGCCACUCAUCUUAGAGUUCUUCAUACAACCAAGCCUCAGUGUAAAUGGGCCAGAAGCAGAACGCUUUGGUGCAACAAACAUGUUUACAGCCAUGACCUUUUGUUUGACAGAAUUUCUAAACUGCUAACUUCUUCUUCCAAAGCACUUGCAAAAGUGAACACUCGCAUGUCCCGAAUCAAGAGUACUCUAGAGUCUGUUUCCAAGGCGGUGUCUGGCACUCACAGUGAGCUGGUUUCACGGAUAGCUCGAUUAAAGCCGCAUUCAGGUGCUCUGGGAAAAACAACUAAAAGUAAUGCAGAUGAAAAUAACCUCAAAGCAAAUCUAGAAAAUGAUAAACAAGUCUCAGAUGCCAGAACUCAGGACGAUUUCAACAGUGGCCUAGCUGCCAAGAGUGCGACUCACGAAGAAGAAGACUUGGUGUCUGCAUUGCUGAGUUCACGUGGUCCUAAGCAAGAUACUCCAGAAGAUUCAACAUAUAGUAAAAGCCACCUUUUUCAUGUAAGUUACUUCUCUACAAAUUUUGGAGAGACUUACAACUUUGUAGCAGACCAUAUCAACUGGUACUUCAGUAACAGCUCCGUUAUGGAUCAAGAGAAAAAGAGGAAUUCUUUAUUACAGGACUCUAAAAGUGAAGUGAGCGGUAAGCUUGAUUCACCAGAAAAUGCUGUAAUGAGUGAAGAAAGUAGAGUGAAUUCAGCAGCUACUUUAGUUCCCGAAGCAGAGGCUCUGGAUGCUGAAAAGGCUAAUGUUGCUGUUCCAGUUUCCACUAAGAAAAGUAUUGCAAACUUCCUUUCCUACCCCAGUAAUAGUGUACAAGCUUUUGUAGACAGCUACAUUGGUGGGCUGGUUCCCAAGCUAAGAUCUGAUGCAAAAGUUGCAGCGGAAGUGAAGAGUAAACAGCUAGAGCAAGAAGCAGCUGAGAAGGAUGAGGAGGACCAGGCAAGUGAGACUAAAUCGGCAGAGGAGAAGGAAAAACGACUCUCUCUCCAGAGAGAAAAGAUUAUUGCAAGAGUGAGUAUUGAUAAUAGGACUCGGGCUUUAGUUCAAGCCCUACGAAGAUCCUCUAAUCGCCGAGUCUGUAUCAGCAGAGUUGAAGAGUUGACUUACCAUCUUCUGGAGUUUCCAGAGAGCAGAGGCGUUGCGAUUAAGGAAAAAAUAAUUCCAUGCCUACUACGUCUCAGACAGGCAAAUGAUGAAAGUCUUCAGGCUGCUGUUAGAGAGGCCUUAGCUAUAAUUGGAUAUACAGACCCUGUGAAAGGCUGGGGAAUUCGAGUCCUCACUAUUGAUGGAGGAGGAACAAGGGGUUUAGUUGCGCUUCAGACUCUACGGAAACUGGAAGAACUUACUGGAAAGCCAGUUCAUCAUCUUUUUGACUACAUUUGUGGUGUAAGCACAGGUGCUAUAUUAGCUUUUAUGUUGGGUUUGUUCCAUAUCCCUCUGGAUGAAUGUGAAGAGCUGUAUCGCAAGUUAGGAUCGGAUGUUUUUAAGCAGAAUGUUAUCGUUGGAACAGUCAAAAUGGGCUGGAGCCAUGCCUUUUAUGACAGCGAUAUCUGGGAAAAAAUGCUCAAAGAAAGAAUGGGCUCGAAUCUUCUGAUUGAAACCGCAAGAAAUUCAAAAUGUCCUAAGGUAGCUGCAGUGAGCACCAUUGUGAACAGAGGAACCCCGCUGAAAGCGUUUGUUUUCCGAAACUACAAUCACUUUCCUGGCGUUAAGUCUCAUUAUAUUGGAGGCUGUCAGUAUAAACUGUGGCAGGCCAUCAGAGCAUCAUCAGCUGCACCGGGUUACUUUCAGGAAUAUAUUUUGGGCAAUGAUCUUCAUCAGGAUGGAGGUCUGCUGCUCAAUAAUCCCUCCGCAUUGGCAGUUCACGAAUGCAAGUGUCUGUGGCCAAACGUCCCGCUGCAGUGUCUGGUGUCACUGGGCACUGGCCGAUACGAGAGUGAAGGGAAGACGCAUGUCACAUACACCAGUUUGAAAGCCAAACUCACAAAUGUUAUCAACAGUGCAACUGAUACAGAAGAAGUUCACACCAUGUUGGAUGCACUGUUACCUCCGGAUACCUAUUUCAGAUUUAACCCUCUUAUGAAUGAAGACAUAGCUCUGGAUGAAAAUCGAAAAGAGAAGCUGAAUCAGUUGCAGACAGAUGGAAUUCGUUACUUAGAACGAAAUGAAGAAAAACUGAGAAAAGCUGCGAAAAUUUUAACACAAGAAAAAACAACGUUGCAGAAAUUUAGUGACUGGUUAAGAUUAAAGGCUGACAUGUAUGAAGGCCUUCCCUUUCUUUCCAAAUUGUGAAUAUGUAAUGCAUGAAGUAAUACCGUAAGUGUAAAUUUUGUUCCAGAAAAGUACU